AUGACUUCAAAAAGCAAAGCAUUAAAAGGUUCUUUAACAACAAAAAACGCUGUCAACGCAUCCAUUGAUUGUACGUCACCUAAAUAUACGGAUAUAGAGAAAAGAUGGAUCAUUUAUGAAGGGUAUUUAAACUAUCGUUAUGGUCAAAUUAAAUUCUUAAAUCUGUCACAAUUUGCAGUUUAUUAUGUUGUUUUAGCAAAACUGCCAAUCGCACGUGAUAAACAAAUUAUGGUUAUGUAUUUAUAUCGAAAUCAAAAAAAAAAAUCGUCAAAUGUUUUCCAGUUAGACAAUUAUGAAAAACUGUCAGAUCAAUGUUCAAAAACAAUCAAAUCACACUGCUAUUUAUUCGAGUUAAUUGGAAAAAACCAAAGAGAUAUUGAAAUUUUCGGCACUAUUACUUCUGAUGAACGAGAUAAAUGGAUGAAAUAUGUUCGACAAGCAUUCAAUUACAAAAAUCAAAAUUCUAUUUCGAAUAAUUUUUCAAAUGUUCGACAAGAUCUAACUCUAAGUUGGAAAGAUGAUUUGCAAAAUAAAGAUUGUAUUGAGACUGAUGUUAUUUAUAAUUAUCAACCAUUUACUCAGAAACAAGAACGAGAUUCACCUCACUUAUAUACUUCAUCUACUUCUUGUUAUCGACCUGCAUCUUCUAUACAAUACGAAAAAUUUUUGCGUUCAAAUGAAAAUAACGAAAUAGAAAUAGAACAACGUCAUCGUUUUGAUAGUCUUCAGACGGAAGAUAAUAUUUAUCUUUGCGUGAAACCAACUCCCUCAGUAUUCGACGAAGAACAUGAUAAAAAAAACAAAUGUAGCAUAUCUCAACCCGAACUUCAAAGAACAACAGAACGAGGUCUUUCAACAUCAACAGCUAAUGACUCAUUCACAUGGGAUGAUAUUUUUUAUACAAAUGACCUUAAUGAUUAUGCAGAUAUCCUGAUAACAAGUUGUCAAAAUGGAGCUUUUCUUGUUCGACCACAAUCCAAGAAAACCAAUUCAAAUAAUCAUGACUAUACAUUAAGUAUUUAUACUUCUGGAAAAGUUAUUAAAUAUAAAAUCUUAAGCUUACCGAAUAAAACAUAUACUCUACAAAAUAACAAAAGUCAACCAUGUUUUGUUGAUAUUCCUCAUCUUUGUCAAUAUUACACAAACCACCGAUUACCAUGUUCGACAUCGGGAGAUGAUUGCACAAAAGGAAAUUUCAAAAAUGUUUAUCUUACAUGGCCAUACACUUAUUAUUGUCAUACGAAUAAAUAUUAA